AUGGAAAGCAGAGAGGAGAUGGUGAUGCUGGCAGAGGGAGGUCAGCUUGUCAAGAGCGGCUCUAAUUUGUCGGAAGCCAUCGGGAGCCCCGUGCGAGAACCACCAGGCAAGCCGGGCCACAGAGGUUGUCUGAGCCCAGGAGCUGCACCCUAUUCCCGCGACAGGAGCGACCUAGCGGCGGAGGAUAGCGCACGGAGAAAUAUGAGCGCCGACGCGAGGCUGGUUGGCACGUCUACCUCCGGAGAGAGGCACCAGGCUGACCAUCACCACAAAGACGGCAGCAGCUCAGACACAGAGUCGGACUUCUAUGAGGAAAUUGAUGUCAGCUGCACGCCUGAAAGCAUGGACUACCCAACAGCUAAAGGUUCAAACACUGCAGCUGCAGUCGGUGCUCCGAACGAGUGCGGUACUGAGCCGAGUAAGAAUGUCCCGGGUCAGGGCUCUCUGUCUUACGCAGCAGAUCAGAUUCGCCGGUACCGAACAGCAUUCACGCGAGAGCAGAUAGCACGCCUGGAGAAGGAGUUUUACCGGGAAAACUACGUGUCCAGGCCGCGGAGAUGCGAACUUGCGGCCGCUUUAAAUCUACCCGAAACCACCAUCAAAGUGUGGUUUCAGAACCGCAGGAUGAAAGACAAACGGCAGCGUCUGGCCAUGACUUGGCCUCACCCCGCCGACCCGGCCUUCUACACCUACAUGAUGAGCCACGCGGCUGCCACGGGGAACCUGCCCUACCCCUUUCCAUCGCACCUGCCGCUGCCCUACUACUCUCACCUGGGCGUCGGGGCUGGCUCAGCUCCUGCAGCCGCCCCUUUCUCAACCCCCCUGCGCUCUCUCGAUAGUUUCCGGAUGCUGUCUCAUCCCUACCAGAGGCCCGAGCUCCUGUGCGCCUUCAGACACCCGUCCUUGUACUCAGGUCCCACUCACGGCCUAGGUCCCGGAGGAACUCCGUGCUCCUGCUUGGCGUGUCACUCCAGUCAGUCCAACGCCAUCUCAACCAGGCCUUCGGGCUCGGACUUCGCUUGCUCCCCAACAAGCAGGACUGACGCGUUUGUCACUUUCACGCCUUCAGUGCUCAGCAAAUCCUCAUCUGUGACACUGGACCAGAGGGAAGAAGUGCCUCUGACCAGAUAA